CCGGACCUGCUCAAUCCGAAGCAACGAGGAAAACUGCUGCUUCGGCUGCGAGCCAGAGUUAUACUUGAGCUGUGCAGAAAUGAGGAAACAGCCAACAUCCUGUGUGUACAGCCUCACCUAGAGCGAAUCCACCCACCGGGAUACACAGGAGUAAGUGUUAGCACCAUUUUGCACAAGUCCAAAGUCCAGGUCCAAAGUUGUGUUACUGUUAAAAGUUCAGUGAGUGAAGACCUUGCAGAGGAAACAUUUCAUCUGAACUCACCUCUAAAUCCAGCAUCAGAAGUCUGAUAACAAACUGUGAAAGGCGAUGCAUUUUGGAAACAGGCGUAGUCUGUUGGUAGAGUUAAAAUAGAGCUUUCUGAAUGCAAUGAGCAAAGCUGCGUUCAGAGACAACAUAUUUUAUCAGUAUUAUCAGUAAUGUAGCUGCGGUGGAUUGAUCACAUUCAGGGCUUGUGUUGCUGUUAGUGUCAUGUGGAACGUUUUACUGGUUGUGAGAGGUAUGGAUUAGUUUAAUCUGCAUAUUCUGUAGAGAGGGAGAAUGGCUUCUAAAACAGAAUAAUGAUUCUAAUCACCCAUUAAAUAUGCAGUGGAUGAUCAAAUAUAAAUGUUAGCUUUCCAACAUAAUUUUUCAUCCUUUAUCAUUAUUGUUGGUCUGAUAGUGACGAAGAUCUCAGUUGUAAUGAUUUCUUUCAGAGUGGGGAUGCAGAGGUGGAUGCAGAAGAGGCCAUCUUUGUGGAGCUAACCCAAACACUCCUGAAAGACCCAGCAGAGAGGGAACAUUUUUACCAGGAGGUUUUCCCCACAGAAUAUGGCCUCAGCUAUGAUGCGGACAUGCAGCUUCUUGUGUGGGAGUUUCUCUCCAAAUUAGAAAGACUUCUGCCGGUGCCAGACCUCGGUCAGACUGUUUCCUGGCUUACCUCUGCCCCCUCUGUACUGAAGGACUGCUUGCAGGUGCUCUCCAAUCCCAGUGACCUCAAGUCUCUCCUGCAACACCACAAAUGCCUUGAGCACCUCAGCACCCAAGGCACCACAGUGGAGAUGUCCACCCAGGUCUUUGCCUGCUCAGAGUGUCCCUUCUUCCACAUGCAAGAGUCCUACCUGCUGCAGCACAUUGAGCACAGCCAUCCUGAACAAUACGCCAAACUCCAGAGGGCGGCACAGACAUGUGAGACCCCCAAGAAGACGUUCCCUCCUCAGUUCCCAAAGCCCUUCCCCAUCCACGAUAGGCCUGACCCACACACAUGCCAGGAGUGCGGCAAAACCUUCACGCGGGUCUCGGACGUGACUCGUCACCAGCGGACCCACACGGGCGAGCGCCCGUACACCUGUGAGGAGUGUCGGAAGGGCUUCAAGAACUCUUGGGAUCUGACCAGACAUCAGCGCAUCCACACUGGAGAGCGCCCCUUCCUUUGCUCUCAUUGCGGCAAACGGUUCACUCAGAUGGGGCUGCUCAAACUGCAUUCUGAGCGAACGGCUUGUGGCCAGACCUGCAACCCUCAGCUAGACCUAACAACAGAGGUGGUGGUGACAGAGGUGGUGUCAGAGAAGGGGGGCGGUCAGUAUAAAUGCCAGAAAUGUGGUGAGAGCUUUAGCAGCAUCCUGGAUCGACUGAAGCACAGGCAGAGGCACAUCGUAAGGCGUCAGUACAAAUGUCCCAUGUGUGAGAAGAUCUACGGCCGAGCCUCGGACCUGAAGAGACACCAGAUGAAGCACACAGGUGAGCGGCCAUUUCCAUGCGAGUGCGGGAAAAGCUUCACCCACGUGUGGCUUCUGAAUAAGCACCAGCAGACCCACAGCAGAGAGCGUCCCUACCCCUGUGCAGAGUGUGGAAAGAGCUUCACGCAGCUUCAGAUCCUUAACAGGCACCUCCUGACUCACAAUGGCCAGCGGCCUUUCCAGUGCUCAUACUGCGAGAAGAGCUUCACCCAGCUGGCCAGCCUCACACGCCACGAGAGAAUCCACACAGGGGAGCGGCCAUACCUCUGCACCACCUGCCAGAAGUCCUUUCUCACUCACGGAGAGCUUGUGAGGCACCAGCGCAUCCACAGCAACUUCCGGCCCUUCAGCUGUCCUCAGUGCCCGAAGAGCUUUAAAACCAAGCGCGCUCAGAGUGAACACUUCCACAGCCACAUAGGCGAGCACCCGUUCGAAUGCGGCCGCUGCGGAAAGAGGUUCUCCAAGUCCACCUCGCUCGUCCGACAUAACCUGACUCACACGGGGGAGCGACCACACUCAUGCUCCCAGUGUGGGAAAACCUUCCUGACCUCUGGGGAGCUGCUCCUGCACAAACGCACACACACCGGAGAGAGGCCGUACCCUUGCUCUUACUGUGAGAGGAGGUUCAGGUGCUCAUCAGACCUCAACAUACACGUACGGACUCACACCGGCGAGAAGCCACACAGCUGCGCAUUCUGUAAGAAGGGCUUCUGUACGUCUACGAGGCUGAAGAGACACAUGCGCACACACUCAGAGAAGGUGGAUUUAUUGAGUCCUUGAGCUAUUGGGAGAAAAUCACUUCGUUGCUCCAACAUAACUGUUGUCAUUUAAAAUAAAAAGAGCCUUAAAUUAGUUCACUGUGUGUAUUUUUUUGUUUUGUUUUUUGGUGCUCUGUUUGGUUUCUCUGAUGUAUAAUUCACGGCAAUCUUCCUGGCACUAUAUUACUGUGUUUGUGCCAGGGGAGUGGAUCUUUGCGGCGGACCAAUUUUUGGCGCAACGUGUUUUGGGGUUUGAAAGCCACAGAUAGGCAGUAUUUUGAGAAAAUGUAUGUCAGCUGUUCCAAUACUCAUGACACAUAAGAUCACUAAGGCUUUUUGCCUACAUUGUCCUCCUCCUCUCCUGGAUUGCCUGGAGCUUUCUUUAAGUGUCUUCCCAGCUUUGACAAAUGGCCAGCUGGAAUAACCACAUUUACUCAGGGCCUUUUUGACAUGGUGUUCUUCUGCUUUCCUGGCCGCUCUGUCUGUGGGGAUGGUGUUUGCUUUGUAUUGUAGAGUCCUGAAACAUGUUUCCCACUGAAAACACUACAUGGAGGAUUUAUGGGUUUAUGUUUUGGCUUAUCAAGAAAACCAUUUGUAAUCUUUAAAAGCACAGAAGCAGAGAGCAAAAAAAGUGUAACAUCUGAAUUACAGAAAAGAGGAGGAUGGCUAAAGAAAUUUGAAUGAGGUACAGAAAGGGAAGUUACAAAAGUGGAAGAAUCUGGAAGAAGGAUCUUGAGGACAGAUUUUUUUUUUUUAGAUGAAACCACUGGCACAGGAUGAGGACUGCAUCCAAUGUGAGCUUCUGUUAAAUUACUGUGUUGUUAGUGUUUUACAUGUUGAUUAACUCAUCCAUCUGUGUAAAUAUCACUGGGGCAGAAUAAUAGAUUACAGAUCAUCUUGUAGGAUGUUAGCAGUCCACUCAAGCUGGACAUCAUCUAUACAUUGUCUCUAAAGGUACAUCAGCAGUGACUGCUCUGAUAUUUUGGCUCAUCAAAUUGAAUUAAAGAUUAAACACGAAGUCAGUGUGCUGAAUAUCACACUGAAGCAGGCUUUAAAUGUUUGCUUUGCAUGUCUACAGCCCAGUCUUAGCUAUCCUGUUUGUUGGAUAGCUAAGUUUAGAAUAUUUUUUAUUCUGUAGCAGCAUAUUCAUGACAGUGAACUGUGUUAUUUUGAUUGUGCUUUAAAUAACUUGUAGAGGUCUAAAGAGAGACAAAACAUGUAGUUCAAAAGGAAAAAGAAAGCUUGGGCAAGACGCUUUACCCUAC